AUGAGUGGAGUUGAAUACGACAUCGUUGAGAAUCCAGAACCGAGUAACCAUCUUUGGAAGCAAUGGAAACAUCUCGUGGAUACUGAAGGAUGGACAUCUGAUGACAACUCAGUGACUGCUAUCACACCAUCAAUUGGAUCUACUCGCAGUGUAUGGGCUGUUUCUAAGACUCCAGAACAAGACUUUGUCGGAUGUGUCAUUUGGAAUGAAUACGACAAAAUUUGUUUCAUGGGAUUCUUCCUUUUGGCUCCAGAACACAGAGGAAAAGGAGUUGGUUCUGUUAUCUGGGAUAUUGCUAUCUCUCGAAUGCCAACUGAUCACGUACUUGGUCUCAGAGGCGUUCCAAGUAUGGUAGAGAAAUACAAGAAAAAAGCGACACCAGUGGUUGGAGCUACGCUGGAGAACUACAAAAUGAAAGUUGCAGAGUAUCAUGCGUCUAUGGAGAAAUUGAGUGGCGAUAACUUCAAGCUUGUGAACCACCUAACACCAUCUGAAUGGAAUCAAUUGGUCGAGUACGACAGCAGUGUGAAUGGAAGAAGGCGUGGAGAGUUUUUGGAGCAUUACUACAAACUUGCGUUUGUUUUCGGAAUAGUUUUGUUUGACGGACAUCACAACAUCAUUGCUCACAUUUCUGCUGUGAAAACAUCACUUGAAGAAGAAAACGUCUUCAAAGUAGCGCCUCUGUAUGCUGACUCACCCAGUAUUGCCAUGUCAGCCCUUCGUGUGUUCUCGGGAGUGAUGUACGAGAUGCAUCCGGAUGCAGACGUCAUUUUCCAUCUCCUUAAUCUCGGAAGCGGGCCGUUCCUUCAGUCGUUUUUCCGAAGUCUCGAAAUAAUUCCUGCAGUUAGUGGUGUCACCCUGUUCAGUGGCGACUAUCCUAACAAAGGAGACCUCUCGAGAGUUUUCAUCGCUCACAACAACUCUUGUCAUUAUGAUUAUUAA